CGUGCAAACCAAGUCAUAUGAUUUACCAUAGACAAAAUGUUUAUUUUCAUCAUAUCCAAGGUCAAGGUUUUCUAUCCAUAUGAAAAAAUGAUUAUUUUAUAUACCUUAUUAUUAUUAUUACAAAAUUGUACAUGGUAUUACUUUUACGAAUAAUGCAUAAUACCUAUGAAAAAUAUGUAUUAAUUUUGUGCGAGCUGAAACCGUAAAAGAAUUGAUAAAAGCAUAGACAAUAACGAUACAUUUUAUGAAGAAAUUUGUUUAAUGUAAAGUAAAUUAAUCAACUUUUCCUUAUAUUAAUCUAAUUGCAUCUAAAACAAUGCAAAUAGACAAUAAUAUAAUAAUAGCCAGAAUUGCUAUUUUAAUGAAUUUCAAUACAGGAGUAAUGCAUUUAAUGAAUUAUAGAUUUCGAGUCCGAUACAUCAUGACAAUAUUUUUAACGAGUAAGAAAGAAACGUUUACAAAUGUCAUUAUGAUUUUCUUACCUCAAAAUUAUAUAGUACCUAUCUGUUGCUUAGAGAAUAGAUCUGUUGUCACUGUUGUUUUGUGAAUUUGUGAAUGUAAACAAUAACAAAUACAUCACUUACUAUUCCUGUGUUUAUCUAGAAAGUUAGUGAAUGCCAUUUUUCCUGUGUUAUCGUAACGAAGAUUUCAAGCAUGACGUGUGAAGACAUACACGAAGACCUGCAAAAAUUAACUGCUAUUGUUGUUGAAUCUUUGCCCGAAAUAAGCAUGCUUAACAGUGCUUCUAAGCUAAUUUUGAAUGAAUAUCUAAACAAUACUAAAAGCAUUGAUCAUUGUGCUAUUGUAAAGAUUCAAGCAGUUAUUGAUUAUAUGUAUGAGCAAGUCAAUAUUGGAAACUGGAGGGAAGUAAAGUUAUUCCUUAGAAAAACCAUCACUAUAGCAACUUUUCUGAGACUUGUAGCUCAUGUAGAACUAGCACAAUCUAUGGAAAAUAAGUUUAUUGAAGAAUCAUUUAAAAUAAUAGAUUUUGGUAUACUUUUUGGGUGCCCUAUAGAUAGAGAACCAGAAUUACUACAAAAAUGUGCUUCUAUUUUUAGUAAAUUUUGUCAAAAAAAUCACGAACUAGAGGAAAUUAGUAGAGAUAACAGCUUUGAAGUAGUAAAUUUGAAAUCAAACUAUGUAAAUGCUUAUCCUAUUCAAAUAAUAGAUUGUCCAUGCAUGGAAGAUUUUUAUAGUAACUAUAUAAUAAAAGAGCAACCAGUAGUCUUAGACAAUUGUGUCAACCAUUGGCCAGCCCUGGAUAAAUGGAAAAAUCCAGAUUAUUUCAAAAAACUAGCAGGACUGAGAACUGUGCCUAUUGAAUUGGGGAAAGUUUACACUGAUUCAGAUUGGACACAAAAACUGAUGACGAUAGGAGAAUUUAUAGAUAAGUACAUCUACCAAUCAAAUGGUCCCACAGGAUAUCUAGCUCAAUAUCAGCUGUUUGAUCAAAUUCCAGAAUUAAAAAGGGAUAUAACAGAACCGGAAUACUGCUGUUUUUCAGACACUGAUGAAUCUGUAGACGUCAUGGCUUGGUUUGGUCCCAAAGGAACAAUAUCUGCUUUACAUCAUGAUCCAAAAAAGAAUUUAUUGACCCAAGUUGUAGGUACAAAACAACUUUUUUUAUUUUCACCAAAUGAUUCUGAGUUUUUGUACCCACAUUCACAUGAAUUAUUGAAUAAUACUGCUCAAGUUGAUCCAAGAAUGCCAGAUUUGGAAAAAUUUCCUAAAUAUAAGAAUGCCAAAGCCUACCACUGUGUUCUUAAGCCCGGGCAGAUGCUGUAUAUCCCCCCAAAAUGGUGGCAUUUUGUGGAGUCUCUUUCAAUAAGUUUUUCUGUGAGUUUUUGGUGGAAUUAAACAUAUACAAUAUGCUGUUCUUUUUCUUCUA